AUGCUGGGCAAAGCUCCGCUGGCUGUUGCCGUCCUGGCAUCCGUGACUCGAGCUGCCCAGCCCGAGGCGCCAGCACCCAUCGCAGCACCGAUGCGUGAUCUCGAUUGGGGAGAGCUCAACUUCCUGCACACCACUGAUACACAUGGCUGGCAUGGCGGCCAUCUCCAAGAAAGCCAGUAUUCGGCUGAUUGGGGCGACUAUGUAUCCUUUGCAGACCACAUGCAUCGCAUGGCCGACGAGAAAGGCGUCGAUCUCCUCCUUGUCGACACAGGCGACCGAGUCGAAGGCAACGGGCUUUAUGAUGGCUCGGACCCCAAGGGUCAAUUCACCUACGACAUCAUGGGUCAGCAAUCUAUCGACGCCAUAUGCACCGGCAACCACGAACUAUACCUCGAGGAUACCGUCGAGCGCGAGCACGACAUCACGGUUCCCAUGUUCAAGAAGUCGUAUUUGGCUUCAAACCUCGAUUACAUAGAACCACAGAGUGGCAACAGCAUACCGCAAGCCCAGCGGUAUCGGACCUUCACCACGAAGAAUCGCGGCUACAAGGUAGUUGCGCUCGGGUUCCUGUUCAACUUUGACAGGAAUGCCAACAACAGCGUUGUGCAGCCUGUGGAGGAGACCGUCAAGGAAGAGUGGUUCAUCAAGGCAAUCCAGGAGAAGCCUGAUGUGUUCCUCGUCAUUGGCCACAUCGGGCUGCGAAUGAAGGAAUUCGAGAUUAUUUUCGACGCGAUCCGAAGCCAGAACUGGGACACUCCGAUCGCGAUCUUUGGCGGGCAUGCCCAUGUUCGCGAUGCGCGCAAGUUCGACAACAAGGCAUAUGCUAUUGCCAGCGGACGGUAUUUCGAGACCAUUGGGUGGAUGUCAAUCGAUGGUAUCAAGACAGGGACCAGCGAUGUUUCUCCACUGAAGGGCAGCCCAGCCUUCAAGCGGCGCUAUAUCGACAACAACCUCCUGGGCCUGUACCAUCACACCGGCCUCAAUGAGACGACCUUCCCAACGGACCAUGGCCGGAAUGUCACAAAGAUGAUUACCAAGGCACGGAAAGAGCUGAAGUUGGACCACAGGUUUGGCUGUGCGCCUCAAGACUACUGGAUGACUCGAGCCGAGUACCCGGGCACCGACAGCGUCUUCACUCUUCUAGAAGAACAGAUCCUGCCCGACAUUGUCAAGAACAAAGACCGCCCCAAGACGCCCCGUAUAGCCAUACAAAACACGGGCGCCAUACGUUUCGACAUCUUCAAAGGACCUUUUACGAAGGAUACCACCUACCUCAUCUCCCCGUUCACCAGUGGCUUCUCCUAUAUCCCGGAUGUCACCUACACAGUGGCUAAGAGGGCGAUCCAGAUGCUCAAUAGAGGUGGUCCCGCCCUGGCUGCCAGUGAUCUGAAGGCUUUGACGAUUCCUGAGAUGCGUCACCCAAGCCCGUUCCUCUCCUUCAGCGACCGGAGUCUCUCACAAGGGCUCGCAUUACAAGGACAGCAAGCCAACACCUUUACAAAGAACUUCCAAUUGAGCAAGCCUAACCUGGUCGCCGGUUAUACCACCAAAGAUGAUCUUGGCGAUGACGGAGACGAUGCUGAACACUCGCCCAUCCAAUUUUUCCAGGUGCCCAACGUCAUCUCUGCCGACAUUGAGUUCCCUAAGGAUGGGGACCCUGACAAGGUGGAUGUUGUGUUCAAUGAUUAUCUGCAGCCGUAUAUCAUCCCGGCCUUGCAGUUUUCUGGAGGGGACUAUGACAGCGACAACGUGAAGCGCUAUGUCGAGGGGAGUUUCACAGAUCUGCUUGCAGCCUGGAUUAAGGAGAAUUGGACCGGAAAGUGCUAG